AUGGCCGACGCGCCUGGACGGUAUGGGGACGUGGAGCCUCACGAGCUGAACGCGCCGGCAGAGGACGCCGAGGCCUACGUUAAGUGGAGGACGGCCACGGACCUGCGAGCCCCGUACAGGGUCACGCCGGAGUUGCUGAAGGGCACGCGCAAGGACCUGGGCCCCGAGUUUGACCGCGGUCAGACGCCGCUGAUUGUCUUCAUCAAUGCCAGGUCUGGCGGCCGCGUUGGCCCCAGGCUGGCCCAGGUGCUCAGCCGCGCGAUCGGCACGUCGCAGGGCGGCUGGCGGCCGGCGCCGCUGUCGCGCGGCUGA